GUUUCGCACUUCAAGGCCAUCCGGGCCUUUGGCGUAAUUCGUUCGUGCUUGGUAGUUUCUUAUGACUGAGUACAAGUUAGUGGUUGUUGGAGCUGGCGGAGUUGGCAAAAGUGCUCUUACUAUCCAGCUUAUUCAGAAUCAUUUUGUUGAGGAAUAUGACCCAACGAUAGAGGACUCUUACAGAAAACAGAUGGUCAUUGAUGGAGAAAUAUGCUUGUUAGAUAUCUUAGAUACCGCUGGGCAAGAGGAAUACAGUGCAAUGCGAGAUCAGUAUAUGCGUACUGGAGAAGGAUUUUUAUGCGUAUUUGCCGUAAACAACUCCAAGAGCUACGAUGAUAUAAAUCAAUAUCGAGAGCAAAUCAAAAGAGUUAAAGAUGCCGACGAAGUUCCUAUGGUUCUUGUCGGAAACAAAGUUGACCUCACGAAUCGCAGUGUUUGUACAGAGGAGGCAAAAUCCUUAGCCCACUCUUAUAAUAUCCCGUAUGUUGAGACCUCCGCCAAGACCAGACAAGGUGUGGAAGAUGCGUUUCAUAAACUUGUCCGGGAGAUCAGAAAAUCUAAAGAGAAGAAGGGAAAAGAUCGUAAAAAGCGCAAACGAAAAUGUUGUAUACAAUAAAUUAACCACUAUGCUAUAUUGGGCGCCAAUGGGCUUUAUUUAAAAACUGGAAUUUAAUUUCAAAGUGUCUGAAUGAUGAUUAUAAUAGCUAUAUUUGUGGACUGGCCUUCAUCAGUAUCCGGUCUUCAUAAACUCUUCAUCUGAUUUAGCAUAAUUCCACAUCUGCUCUAGCAGUUUUAUUAAAAAGUUACUUUAAAUAAUUGUUUUGUACGUAAUUACGUACACAAACAUACAAAUGUUUUAAAACUUAACUUGUUUGGGCUUUUGUAUGAAUUUUGUUUUCCUUUCGAUAUAUAUAUAUAUAUAUAUAUAUAUAUAUAUAUAUAUAUAUAUA